UCCCGCAGCCAUGCUGGCCGCCGCCGGACCGAGCCCCCCGGCCCCGCCGCCGCUGUCCCCCCACGCGCUCCGCAGCCUUUACGCCUGGCUGGACCGACUCCCGCUCAGCCGGCCCAAGCGCCACCUGGCCCGGGACUUCAGCGACGGCGUGAUGCUGGCGGAGAUCGUGAAGCAUUACCACCCGCGGCUCGUGGACCUGCACAACUACGUGCCCACCUGCAACACGGACCAGAAGCUCAGCAACUGGAGCACUCUCAACAGGAAAGUCUUUCACAAGCUGCGUUUCUGUGUCUCAGAGGGGGAUAUCCGAAAGGUGGUGGCCAACACGCCCGGGGCCAUCGAGCCCAUCCUGUGCACGCUGAGGGAGAAGGUGGUGGACGGCGCUGUCCGCGAGGACCCACCCAGCGCCGGCGUACUUGUCGGUGCAUUUGUACGUACCGCCUCUGAACCCGCCGCUGGCCACGCUUGGACGUGGUCUCACGAUCUGCCAGACCCAGGAGUCUCCAGUGCGGAUGCUGAUGGACUGUGGGUGGGGCUCGCAACCACCCCCCACGCCGGCCUGCCGAGCUCCCCAGUGCCUUCCGGCGUGAAGACCCUUCAGAGCCAGAGGGCUUGGGAGAAGACGGGACGCUGUGCGUGCAGAGGUCGGGACCCAGCCGGUGGGCCCUGGGAGCCCCUGGACACGGGGGUGCAGCAGCUGCUGGAGGAAAAGGAGCAGGCGCUGGCCAUUCUGCAGGAGACAGUCAAGGUUUUGCAGAUGAAGGUGGUCAGGCUGGAGCACCUGGUGCAGCUGAAGGACCAGCGGAUCAGUGAGCUGACCAGACGUGGGAUUGAGCCCCAGUGAGCAAGAGGCCUCAGGGAAAGGCUCCCAAGUCAACUAGACCUGGAGCUUGAACCCACACGGACCUCGCCCAGACCAGAUGUGGCCGCACACCGUCCAGCAGGCUGAGGGACAUCUUGUGCAAAGAGCCGGGGGUGGGCGGCAGUGUGCGGAACUCACGAGCCUGGAGGCCAGGGCCUCGGGGCGGCACGCUGGCCCCUGGCUGUGUCGUCUGAGGUUUGCCCCACCGCCAGCUUAGUUUGGAAGUGAAGACGUGGGUCCGGUUGCCUGGA